GCGGGUGCGGCUGCUCGCUGCCGGAGAGCCGGCGGCGCGGUCCGGCCGGGCGUGGCGGUCUCCUGUGUCCAAAAGGGGGUUCUGUUUCCUCCUCAGGGCUGUCUGAGCGUGCCGGAGACAGGAGAGCUGUGAGGUGUCAGCACAGGCCUCAGUGGAGGCCGUUGCGUUCUUGUGUUGGAAAAACUGAGUUGGUGAAUUGCAAAAAUGCCAGCCAGGAAUGAGUUGCAGUUUGAAAAGUUAAUUGACGAAGCUACAAGAAAAAAGGAUUUCCAAUCCUUAGAACAAUUUCUGGCCACAGAUGAAUGUGAAAAUGUCUCUCACAAAUGCAGCAAACAGUUUGCCAACAAAUUGGACAAGCUUCUCUGUUGGGCACUUGACAAACAAGAAGUCAGAAGCAUUUCUAUUUUACUAAAUGCUAUUCAGAAAUGUGCGAAAAAAAUCAGCAUAGCAGGAGAAGAUGGGCUCCCAGCAAUGAUAAAACACGGUCUUGUUGGAAGGAUGGUCCAUUGGUUUGAAAAGUUAAAAGGCAUUUUGGUCCUCAGAGGAGAUGAAAAGAAUGAAAUGCUUACAAGUCUGGCUGAAGAUUUCUUCAUCAUGUUGCUGGCUGUGUGUGAUAGCAGACCUGAAGGUAAAAUGCAAAUAUUAGAAAACUUUGUUCUGAGAACAUGUUCCCUCAUCACUGAUGCAAGAAUUAAUAUUUAUGUUCAGCAGGAGGUAAUAAAAAAACUGAAUUUAUUGCUUGACAAGAUCCCUCGAGAUGCCAGGAAAAAGAUACUUUCUACAAAGGAGAUGUUACUUGUCAUGAGUGAAAUGGGGAGGACAGUUUUGGAUGCUGGAGAUUAUGACACACAAGUGGCCAUCACAGAAGCUCUGUGCAGAAUGGUGGCAGAGAAGCAAAGGGGAGAACUGGCCUCCCAGUGGUUUCCCAUGGAGUUUGUGGCCACUGCAUUUAGAGGAAUUAAAGAUUCGGAGUUUGAGACAGAUUGCAGAAAAUUUCUUAACCAGGUGAAUGGCAUGCUUGGAGACAAAAGAAGGGUUUUUUCAUAUCCAUGUCUAACAGCAGCUCUUGAUAAAUAUGAGCUCCAGAUACCACUGGAUGAAAACCUGGAAGCAUUUUGGAUUGAUUUCAAUGUUGGCAGCAGAAGUAUUUCUUUCUACGUGGCAGCAGAGGAUGCAGAGCUUCAGUGGGAAACCGUCCUUAUACGAGAAGAUGAUGUAAACAUGUACAGCCUGGAAGAAAAAGGUUCAAGGAAAUUAUUAACAAUAGAUCUAAAAAGCCCAAUGAAUGUGGGCACUCUCGAAGGAGGGAAAUUUCUUUUAUAUUUUGAUUCUAUCUUGGAAAUCAAAGAUGUGACCAGAAAGAUUUACGGAUCUCAUAAAUGUAAGGAUUUCAGCAAAAAGCAGUCUUCAUCAAUAGCCGAAACAACUGUUCACAUCGUCUUUGAUGAAAGUGGAUCCCAGGUUCUGGUACCAGAAAGUCAAUUGUCACCGGGUUUGAAAGAAAAAUCUGGAGAGGAGGAGGAGAAACUCAGUAAGUACAAAACUCAGCAACCUCCUGGAAGUUUGAGGACUCAGAGUAAAAAUAACAGUCAAGAAAAACCCAGAGGUGAUUCCUCCAAGAUAACUCCAUCUCAUAAAAGGAAAGUGUCUGAAGCAUCUGUGCUUAUUCCUGGAACUACAGGAGCUUCCACAAGGAGUCCACUGGGUUUUGUUAGCACAUCCACUCCUUUUAAAGGGAGAUUUAAAUUGCCUUUGGAAAUGACCAGCUCUACUAAAAGGUCUGACAAUGAUGCAAUAAAUGAGAGCAGAACAAAGAAUUUCUAUCAGGAACCUCCUGGACAAAUGUGUUCUGAAGAAGUUUUAAAAAUUUUACAAGAGGCCACAGAAAAGCAAACUUUAGAUGAAGUGCUAGAUAUUGUUCCUGAUUCUCAGCCAGCUGGGAGAAGCAACAAACCUUUGCUGCCUGGUCUUUUGGUGACUUCUUUUGAUAAAACUGAGCCAUGGAAGAAAAGAACGUUCCCUCUUCCUGAGAAGAAUAUAACAACUGGGGACGAGCAAAAGCCAAAUCCAUCACUAGCAUGUGCAUCCCAUCCAGCCAGAGUGUCUGACACAUCUUUGCAUACUCAUCUUGCACAAGAGGACCCUGAUGUUCUCCUCAGAAAAGAGACUUCAAAUCCAAAACAGUCAAAGACAAAACCAAAGUCUAAAGAAAUGGCAGAUGCAGCCAAAUCACUGAUCAGUAAAAUCAGUGACCGAUACAAAGACAAGAGUGAUGAGAAAAGCAAAGCAAGAGAUUCCCUGGGCUUUAACAGGACACAUUUAAAUAAAUCCUGGCUCUCCAAGGAAGAAGUUCAGGAGAGGACCCUAAAAACCACUUCUUUUCUUAAUAUAACUGCUGGUCAUGUUCUGGAUGAUGUCUACAACUUUAACAUCAGUGGGUUUGAUGAGCCUACAAUAAAGCUUGGAAUCCAAGAAUUGCAUGUGACUGAACUGAGUGUUCAUACAGAGACAAACAAAAAAGGGAACACAACCACCAGUAAAUCCAGUGCGGAAGUGAAAGGAGGAAAAAAGAGUAGGAGCAAUCGAGACAAGAAGCAUCUCUUUAGUGACUCAGACACAGAAAACAGAGGGGAUGACAGCAAGACAGAGAUCAGUUGGCUGGAGGAAUCCAAGAGAAAACCUAAAGCCCAGAUAAUUGAUUACAGUAGAAAUAAAAAAUCAGGGAAACCAAUAAGCACAGACAAAACAGGUAAAUUCUCGGAACCUGCUUGCCACGUGGAUAAACCUAAAAGCAAAAAUACAAAUAAGAAAAAGACAAACAAAUGUAAACCCCAGAAUUCAAAAACGGAUGAAAUGAUAGUAAAAUCCACCAGAAAAAAACUCCCUCGAAGAGCAGCAGCAACAAAAAAUUACAAAGAGCCAUCCAGUUCUGAGUCUGAGAGUGAAGAAAAGAUUCCAACGUGCACCUCUAAGGAGAAGAAAUCCAAAAUACAGAAACAUAUGAAUGGUGCAAACAAGGAUUACAGGCGGCCAAAGGUACUGCAGAUUGUACCUGUGGAGCCAAAGAGAGUGGAUGGCUAUGUGCAGAAAGCACUGGUCAAAUCCAGGAAUUCUGCAGAACAGAAGGAAGUGGAAAUGCCUUCAGCUGAGAGCCCUGCCUCGCUUGAGACAAUGAGAUGUGCUGACAGAGUGUCAGGAGAUGUUACUCCAGAGCACGGUUCCAGUGAAAGGUCACUUGGUCUUCAGGAGUCGACACUAGAAGACAGGGAAAUGCUAAACUCUGAGGAAGAAAUCUCUCCCAGUGAUUUCUGUCCACAAAAUAAGAGUAUGCAAAGUCUGGGUGUAAGUCAGUCCCCUGAGAGAGCGGUUACAAAGGUGACAUUGGGAAGGAAAAGCUUCUCACCAGUUUUAACUGAAGCAUCUUUGCUCAGCUUAACCACAUAUAAAACUGUCAGUGGCAAAAAUUCCAAGGGAGCUGCACCAGAAACCUGUAACAAUAAUGAAGAUUCAGGUUUCCAACGUUGCUUUUCGGACACGUUUUCUGUUAAAGGAAUGCUUCAGGAUAUCACUAAACCUAUCCCCAAAAAUAAGGAAGAGCUCAGCUUAACAACGUAUAAAACUGACAGUGGAAAACAUGCAAAGGGAGCUGUACUGGAAACAGGGAAUGACAAUGAAGAUUCCAGUCUCCAGUCUUGCUUUUCAGACACACUUUCUGCUAAAGACAAACUCCAGGAUCCCACCAAGCCUCUCACUAAAAGUAAAGAGGAUUGUGUACCACCAUCUCCAUUGUCUGCUUCCAGCAGGAGUAGAGUACGGUCUUGGAUUCAAGAACCUUAUGUCCCCAUGGAUGAGUCAGGACCGAGUGCACAGACAUACCUCAAAAGAACUUACCACAGUGACACAGAAAGCAACUCUGAUGAGGCAGAAACAAGCAAAGAGGAAAAGAAAGGAAGGAGAAGAAUAAGUUUAAAGCCAAAAAAAUUAUUUAAAACAGAUGAUGCUGCUACUUACAGAGUGUCUGAAAGUGUCUCCACUCAAUCUGUAAAUGACCCGUCUGGUUUGGAUGGGGAAUUCUGGGAGCAUGGUUGCUCAACCAUCAGCAUUUGUCAGCAGCUCCAGAAAGAAUUUACCAAGAAAAUUGAGAACCGCUCCCGGAAAAUGGAUAAUUUUAAUAAGCAAACACUGAGAGCUGCCCAUCAGCAUUUGGCAACAAUGAGUUACCAACUCCAUGAAUGCAGGAUCAGGCAGCUGGACAAAUUUCAUUUUACUCUCACUGAAGAACUUGAGAAAUUUGAAAAGGAUUCUCAAUCCCUGAAAAUCAUGGAAAAAGAAUUCUUGGCCUUUUGGAAAAAGCAUUCCCACACUUUUAGUACGUACAUGAAAAAUGAGCAGCAGAGAAUUCAGAUUCUUAAAGCUUCAUUUGAAAAGAGUAUCUACCAUUCUGUUGACUAUGAAGAAAAUGUUUUUACUUCAGAGAUGCAUCUGAUGAAAGAAGACAUAAAAGGACUCCAAGACAAAUUUCUAAAAGAAAUGCAAGAAGAGGAGCUGUGUAAUGUUCGCCGAGGAUUGCAGGCCUUGUUUCAAUCAAAGGCAGAAUUCUGAAGUGAUUUUUCAGAUUCCUUCCUGAAAUUCGAGGAGCAGAGCAGAGGCCGGGCUGGCUGAGGAAGGAGUGGAGAGCGCGGGAAGGACGGAGCCACCCAGAGCUACCCCGGGGUUCAGGUGCAGCAGUGACACAGCUCAGGGCCAUUGUUUGACAUUUAAAAGCUGCUCUAAGUUACCCUUACAAUGUUUUUCAUUUUAUUAUGUUUUUCAAUGUAAUUUUAAUGUGUUUUAUAUAAUCUUUAUUACCAGUGGAAGCGUGUGUCACUGCUGAACAGGAGUGUUCUGUGCAUGGGUAAUUAGCCAAGUUUAGCUUGUAGUUAACAGUGGCUCAUCUGCUCUGCUCAAAUUGAAAAUGCUUCUUCUGCUGAAGAAACUUUGCUCUCCUUUCUGUUUAUACUUUUUGUAUAUUGCAGCUGGACUAUCAUCAUAUUGUUGUUAAGAAUUAAUGCUGUAUUAUUAAUAAUAAAAUGAUAAAUAUAUUUAUGUUAAAAGGCUAGUUAUGAUGUUACAUAUUUCUGUGAAAAGCCAGCAAGUUAAAAAAUUUCAAUAAAGAGGAAAAAACACAUCUUUGGAUCAAGUGAUGGGGUCAUUCAAGUCUUCAGCUGAUAUUCAAGUAAGAUAAACAUUAAAAUGGUGACAGCGCUUCUCCCAGGAGCCCUUAGUUCCUUCUCCCAUUGCACUGGCACAGACUUCGUGUUGCACUGUGUGUCCUUACCUUCCAUUCCUGCCUGACAGUUUCCCCAGGAGCAGCUCUGGUUCCUGGGAUUCCGUCCCCACCUGGGACAGAACAGACACUCUGUGUGGGGACUGUUCCCACCUCACAGCAAUUCAGUAGUAGUCUAUACAGACACUUUGACAGACUGCAUUUUAUUAUUUUCACACUUCAUGGAGAUCAUCCCAAUGAAGCUACAAGACCGAGAAUGCCUUUUUCAAGUUUUUAACAUUGAAUGACUCCCUAGAAUGGUAGCACUUCAGAGUCUUGCAGAGAAAUGUUUGUCUUGUGAGUGAAUUCACCAUUUUGUUCUGACUGAUCAGGUGUGGUUAACAGCUAUCAAUGUAUUAUUCUUCUCCUCACAAGUUUUUUCUUUUUUUUAGUAGUACUGAAUAAAUCCUCAGGUGCUUCUCCAUGUCAGGCAUUAUUAAAAAGUCUGGCUUUACAUUUUUCUCAACGAGUUCUAUUUGCUUUGUAAUUAGCAUUUAGUAACUUUUUUCUUCUUACUGUCAAGAAAGCAUUAA